UUCCAUUGACAAAGGUGUACGCGCUGUGACUUUGUCUUGUCAAUCCUCUGAAUGCUAAUGCUGUCUUAGUGUACAUCUGUAUUGGUGUUGGAAAUUAAAUCAUUUUAUCUUCAACCGCUCAUUAUUCUCAUUGAAAUGGCCUCAGAAUCAGAACCUGUUGAUGUCCAGGACAUCCACGUUCACAGUGCUGUUGAUACGAUUAAAGGCGUGGAAGAAAAGGACAUGGAUAAUAUCCCCGAUUUAGGCCAUGUUGAGCUUGUUGAAAACAAGCAGGUAAAUGCUGGAGAAAAUGAACAAAAUACAGAAGAAACAACCAAGACUUUAACGAAUGGUGAUAUAGGUGAAGAUUCAGGGGAGGCAAAUGCCCAAAAAUUUGUUGUGGAUGUGACACCUUCAUCUGCAGAAGAUAAGGGUGUUGAGUCUUCUGCAAGUCAAGACGCUAAGAAAGAAGUUGAAGCUGGAAUCUUUGAAACUAGGAGAGAUGGCGGAGUGAAGAUCAAGGUCGCGGAAGGGGAGCGAAAGCCCCAAACGGUGAUCGAAGUUUUCGAUGCAACUUGCCAAGCCAUUCCGAACCAGCCAGGUUUGAAAGAGGAGAAAGAUGGCAAAUGGGUUACUUGGACGUACAAAGAAUAUCACCAAGACGUUCAAAUCGCUGCAAAGGCCUUUAUCAAGCUUGGUUUGGAGCCGUACAAUGCUGUUGGGAUUAUUGGUUUUAACUCACCAGAAUGGAUGAUAUCGGAUCUUGGGGCCAUUUAUGCAUGCGGCCUUGCAGCUGGAAUUUAUACAACCAGCACACCAGAUGCCUGUUUGUUUAUUGCCGCUGAUGCACAAGUAAACAUCUUGGUAGCAGAGAAUGAUGUGCAAGUCCAAAAGUUUCUGAAGAUAUGGGAUAAACUUCCAAGUUUAAAAGCAAUUAUCCAGUAUAAAGGAGAACUGAAGGAGAAAAUGGACAACGUUUAUACUUGGAAUGAAAUAAUGGACAUGGGAAGGCAGUGUGACGAUGAAGCGCUGAAGCAAAGGAUGGCAAUGGCACAGCCGAACAAAUGCUGCACUCUUAUUUACACGUCUGGAACUACUGGAAAUCCAAAGGGAGUAAUGUUGUCACAUGAUAAUGUGAUCUAUGGUGCCUAUUCCAUAGUUGACAAUAUCAUACACUGUUUUGACAUGUCGAUUCAACAGUGCGGAGUGAGUUACUUGCCUCUCAGUCAUAUUGCAGCUCAGAUGUCAGAUUUAUAUGGACCGAUCCUGCUUCAAGGAUACACAGCGUUUGCGAAACCUGACGCGUUGAAGGGAAGUUUAGGGGCAACUCUGAAAGCUGUGAGACCAACAUUAUUUUUUGGAGUGCCAAGGGUUUUCGAAAAAAUAGAAGAACGAAUGAAAGCUAUUGGUCAGAACAUAACUGGAUUUCGUAAAAAGGUUGCAAAUUGGGCAAAAGACGUUUCGUUGAGAGGAAAUAUCAACAUAGAGAAUGGGCAUUCUACUCCAUUUGGAUUUUCGAUUGCAAGUGCAGUACUGAAGAAGAUCCGUGUGCAACUCGGCCUAGACCGUUGUCGCCUCAUCUACACUGGUGCGGCACCAGUUUCCCUUGAAACUUUGAGGUAUUUCCAGAGCAUCAACAUUCCAUUGCUUGAACUGUACGGUAUGAGCGAAUGCACUGGUCUCGCCACAUUAUCAGUGCCAAAACUGGCUAAAACAACGGCAGUAGGCAGAGCUAUUAAGCAGAUGGAGAUGAAAAUAUUCAAUGAAGAUGAAGAUGGAAGUGGAGAGAUCUGUAUGCGUGGAAGAGGCAUUUUUAUGGGGUAUUUGGGUAACAAGGAAAAGACUGAAGAGUCAAUUGACAGCGAAGGCUGGUUGCACUCUGGAGACGUCGGUAAAUUUGACAAGGACGGGUUUAUGUUCAUCACAGGAAGAAUAAAAGAACUCAUAAUUACUGCUGGUGGUGAAAACAUCGCCCCGGUGCCAAUUGAAGAGCGCAUAAAAGCGGAGCUGCCCUUCAUCAGCAAUGCAAUGGUUAUUGGAGACAAGAGGAAAUUCCUUUCGGUUCUUCUUACCCCAAAGGUGGAGAUGUGUCCUGAUUCAGGCGAUGCGUUGGAGGCACUAGCUAGUCAAUCUGUAACAUUCUGCAAGUCUUUGGGUAUUGAUGUGACCAAGGUAGAUGAGAUUGCUCCGAGCCCACCACAAGCUUUGGAUGAAGCAAUAAAAGCUGGAAUAACAAAAGCCAAUGCUAACGCGGUGUCAAACGCAGCCAAAGUCCAGAAAUAUCAUCUUUUAGCCACUGAUUUUUCAAUUCCUGGUGGAGAACUUGGACCAACACUUAAAUUGAGAAGACCGCAUGUUUACAAGAAGUACAAGGACGAAAUCGAAGGCUUAUACCAAUGAGGCCGUGUAGCCUAAUCGCCGUAUUCCCUUUUUUAUACCAGACUCUACAUACUUUCGCAUGGUUCGUGCAUAUUAUCAUGGCUAUGUCAUCUAGUAGAAAAUUUCAGAGGCCCUAAAUGCAAACAUAUCGUUCACACCAACAGUUUUUGAAGCAGAAAAUACUUUUUUUACCUAGUAUUUAUUAUAAGUAAUAAAGCCAGGAAACAAUUUUUUAUCGAUAGGAACAAAGGAUAGCAGCGAAUCGCUUAUAAUCAAUAGGGCUUUAUUACGUGGCUUUUUUCAUCACGACUUUAUUAUGGCGCAAAAGUUUAGUACCUAAUCAGAUUAUGAAGUAGCAAGUAUAAGCUUAAAAUGAGUCUACCCCUAAAUACAACUGGUCGAAGCUUACGUCAUCUGCCAAUCAACAAUUGGCCAAUCUAGAAGCGUUUUACCAUCCAAGCGCUUUUUGAUUGGCCAAUUUUUAAUUGACAGGUGUCUUAAGCCACUUUUGUAUCUAACGAUUGCCAUUAGAAUAUGGCCUUAACUAGAUUGUGAUAUCGAUGCUUCACAGCUCUGUCCUGCUUGAUGUCAGGUUGUAAAGAUUUAAGCGUUGCUGCAGUACAAUCAAAUGUACUUUUACGUUGCAGCCAGGGCUUUUUACCUAAAAAAUACUAACAGUUAACAUUGAGAUUGAUUCUCAAAGUUUGAAUAGAAAUAAUGUAUUUACUCAUAAACAUCGUGACUCUUUAAAUCAAGUCGACCCAAUGCCGCCACGUGUUAAAGGCAGUGUGUGUGUGUGUAGCAUUCUAGUAUGCUAGCAGCAUCAUACUUCCAGGGAAGAUAUAGCUUGGUGUAAGCCAAUCAAGGUAUAAGCAGUUUGGUCUAGUCCAAUCAAAUAAAAGAACAGCUAAAUUCGCGACAACAUUGCACCUGCAGUUGUAGGUAUCGUGUAUUAAGCUGCAAACUACAUUCACACUGCCUUUGAUGCAACGAAGUGAAUUAUGACACACGUUAAUACGUUAUCAAAAUACCUUCUGCAAAAUACAUUUCAAAAUACAGAUUAAAUGCAUGAUGUAAAAAAUAUACACAAUACAUUUAUCGUAUAUUGAAAUCACAUUGCAUUUCAAAAUCGCCAUUUUAUUUUGAUUUUGAAUCGAGGCACCUUUAAUUAAAAUGUUGAAACUGCACGCUUACCCAGGCUUAUGUUUUCGACUUCAGGUUUAAGUAUAUAUUGAUCGUGGUUUAAUAAUUUUUUUGUAAUUUCUGUAUUUACAAUCUUCCUUUGAGGUUUGUAAGAACUGUAUUGAAUUGUCAAUGCUAACUCUCUUAUUUAUGUGUUUCAAUGACUGGAAUUAGUAUAGUA